GCGCAAAUCACGGCUGGCUACCUGGACGCCUUUUCCUUUGGAGUCGCGCAUGACCGUUGAGGAAAACGACAUACAGACGAGAUAAAGCCGUGACUAUUUUGUAUUUAUGUAUUUUAGCCUUCAUCUGCAGGAUGUCUCUUGUUCCGUAUGUGGAGAAUUCCAUACCUGCGCUUUCCAAACUUCAUAAUUCAUCAGCUCAGUUCCGUUUCGCGAACCACAGUCUGAGAGUUGCGCAGGACUGGAGGCAGCUCGGGGUGGCUGCAGUGGUGUGGGACGCAGCGGUGGUCAUGUGCAUGUACCUGGAGCUGGGACAGGUGGAGUUAAAGGGAAAGGUGGCCAUAGAGCUGGGAGCUGGCACUGGACUGGUGGGGAUUGUGGCAGCCCUACUGGGUGCCAGGGUGACCAUCACGGACCGCGCACCUGCCCUGGACUUUCUCCAGGCCAACGUGAAGGCCAACGUGCCAGCAGACCGCCAGGCAUCGGUGGUGGUUGCUGAGCUGACGUGGGGCGAGCGGCUGGAGCGGUUCCCCGCGGGCGGCUUUGACCUGGUGCUGGGAGCCGACAUCGUGUACCUGGAGGACACCUUCCCGGCGCUGCUGGAGACUUUAGAGCACCUGUGCUCCGGCGGAACCGCGGUGCUGCUCGCCUGCAAGAUCCGCUACCGACGAGACAGCGACUUCCUGGACAUGCUGAGACAGCGCUUCAGAGUUGAGGAGGUCUACUAUGAAAGUCAAAGAGACAUCCACAUCUACAAAGCUGUAAAAACGACGCCUUGCAGAGACCUCUAAGAGCCGACUGACUGAGAGGAUCUUGUACUGGUUUACACCAUGUCCCCUCGGCUAACCCCUGGGUUGUAAUGACCGCACAAAGAUGACCAGAAAAAACAUUUAUUACAGCUGCCAAAAAUGUAGUAUUUGAGGAGAGCUCUAUUUUGAUUUUCUGUUUCAUACAAGAUGGUGCAUACAUUUAGAUACACUGAAUACAAAAUGAAGAGAGCAACAUAAUGUCUUUUUUUAAAAAAUAAAGAAGCUUACCAUGACAGAUGGCUAUAUAUAAUAUCAAAAAGUACAAUAUGGCAUUCCAUUAUCAAAUCAACACAAAGACGUGUGAAUAUCUUACUUUGUUCACUGUGCUGUCUGUCACAUCAAAUCUCAGUCCCGUCUUCACCAUGUGACUAGUCAUGGUUGCACUUUAUUCUCCUGUAUAUUACAAACGGAGUAAAAAAAAAAGAAAAAAUAUCGGAAAGGUUCGAUACCAACUACAGUAUGUACGAUUACUGGGAGUAAGGUCUGGAUUGACUUGAUGAUAAUUGAUGAACACAUGACGGACCGAUCAUGGAUAUGCAAUGCUUUCAUAUAUUUCAUACUCAUUUACAGUGUCUUUCAGGUGUGAUGUUUGAAACAUUAACCUGAACAACAUGUGCAACCAAGGGCUUGUGUUGUCCUGUAAGAGCUCAUCGAGACGUGAAAUGAAGUCAGAUUGUAUAUGCAACAAAAAAGUGUCAGUUUGAUUUUUGUUUUAAACUGAAUUUUGAAACACAAUUAAGAAUUCCAUUAGCGACUUCAUGGCCGUGACUUUCAAAGGGAGACUGCAUACUCAUCGACAAGAUCACAUCUUAGCUGCUGCCUCUGCCUUUCACGCUAUUUAAAAAAAAACAGGAAAUGGGAUUUUAAUUCUUUCAUGGUUGUUGUGUAAAGACAGUACAGGAGACCAAUGCCACUCAAGAGUUCUAUUCCAGAAUAUUUGACAUCCACAUACUCCACAUGUAGUGGUCAUUGGCUCUGAAGAUGUACAGCAUACGGUCUGACGAAGACGGAUCAUCUCAUCUUCACUUUCUCGGUACCCGUUAUUAACAAAGCUGUUAUCAGUUUUUGUACUGUUGAUCAUCUUGGAUGAGUAGAAAUGUUUUAGUUUGGCUUUCUGGGUGGUGCACUUUCUAUCUUGGAACACAAGUCUUCACUUAAUGCCGCACAGAUUCAAAUAAUAUACAACAGUCUGCAGCUUUCGAAGUCCGUGGUGUAGUAACUGCACCGCUGUCUUGGUCGCAGAGCUCUGGUCUCCACCCAUGUGCCUUUAUUUACUGAGGCACACUUUGCCAGCUGAACCCCUCCACACAGAUCUUCAGACACAGGGCUGAAGGCCGUUUUGUUGGCACUUAGCUGGAGAUCAGCGCUCUUAUAGCCUUCCGUCUCUAAACACAUUUUGCUACAUUUAACAUAAAAACCAUUUCCAUCCCAUCUUAAUAGUAAGCAUUUUUCCUUAGUUCAUCUUAUCAAGGCUAGUACAAAAAAAAAAAAAAAAAAGGAAAAAUAAAAAAAAGGAUAGCUGAAUGGCAUAACGCAUGCUGAAAACCUACUGUCAUAAAUCAAGUUGUAGCACAGGAGGGUGAAAGGUUGUAACACAGCUGUUGUGCAGCUCAAAGCGUUAGUAACAGGUGUUAAAAGCAGUGAAGAAGAGAUAGUAAUACAAAUUCAUCAAUCAAAAGUCACCUCCCCGUACAUGUUACAGGAAAGUCAGACACUAAAAAGUUUUAAGUUUUUUUGUUGUCAUGGCGGCGGCGGUAGAGCGGUUCUCCAAUGCUGGUGAUGUUGCAGUGUUUCCAGUGAGCGCUCCCCUGGCGGAGGGAAGAACACAGUACAACUCCUGACGUCAGUCCUGUCUCGUCACCAUUAGAAACCCUGUAUAGUUGAUAAAUUCUCCUCAAAAAGGAAAAUUUAUUUCCACAUCAUUUCCUAAAUGUUACUGCUCCCUUUCGUGACACCCAGGGAAAACAAAACUAGUUUCCUUAUUUCAAAUUACUGAAGGGGGAUGAGGAGUACGAUCUGUUUCCCUAAUCCUGGUAAGUCAUUUUUACAGAUGUGGUUAGUGACGUUUAAAAAGGGGUGAAAAUAAAAACAAAGGAUAGAAAAAGGGGCUUUGUG